AUGAAUAGAAUCCAAGGCAGCGUGUUAAGGAUGAGGAGAAUGGCUGGGCGACCUGAAUUCCAUUCUAUAGACCGAGAUCGCCAUGGGCAUAUCAUCGAACCUACUGACGUAUUUAUGCUCGUACUUACUACAUCUAAAAACAAUGUACACGCGCAGAUUGUGGAUAGGAGUAAGAAUUACAAGACAAUUUUUGGAUCGUUUGCAGGCAACGUUGGUUUCCACAAGGCAGAGCGUAAAACCGAAAGAUGUGCGUAUAGAAUUGGCGAAAAUAUUGCCAGAAAGUGUAGAAGAUUGGGUAUUUUUGUUGUAGAUAUUAAGUUCAGGAGGGUCAUGCGUAUAGACGCUGUACUACAGGCAAUUCAAGCGUUAGGUCUUAAGGUUAGACAACUUAUUCACGAGCCUAAAAUACCAAAGACAAGUGCCCAUGCUGUUAGACCCAGAAGGAGAAGGAGGGUAUAA